CGCUUCAAAAACGACUUCCUUGAACAACUCUGACCCAACGUUUCCCACUCACAUUUCUUGUUUACUUGUCCUCUUCCCCCUCUCUCUCUUUAACCUUUCACUCAUCCAAACCUCAUAAUACCAACCAUGAAGUCCAUUGCUAUCUUCGCUGCCGCCGCUCUCAUCUCUGCUGUCGCUGCUCAGGACGAGGGCCGUCUCGCUUACUCCGAGCCCGUUCAGUCCACUGUCUGGACCGCUGGUCAGACUCACACUGUCACCUGGACCAACAACUGCCACGCCGAUAACGAUAAGGAUUUGAACAUUGCUCUCUACAUCGGUACUGGUGGAAAUAACGGUACUGAGCAGGUCCUUGUCCCAGGUAUUGGUGCUAUCGGUGUCUUGAACUGCGUUAAGAGCAAGUCCGCCAAGGUCACCCUUCCCGCUACCUUGACAACCAGCAACUUGUACAGCAUCCACGUUGACACUUAUCCUCUCCAGUCGUACGGCGGUCCUUUCACCAUCAAAGGUGUCGAUCCCGUGACCCCUCCUGGCCCCUCAGGCGCCCCUGGCCCCUCAGGUGCCCCUGUCCCCUCUGGCGCCCCUGCCCCCUCAGGCGGUGUCUCUGGCGCUCCUGUCCCCACCUCUACCGUCACUACUACCACCGCUGCUACUACAGCUGGUGCCUCGCCUACGGCUAGCUCUGAUAAGAAGGAGGGCGCUGCUGGCUCCCUCAAGACUCUUGGCGCCACUGCUGCUGUCCUUGCCGCCGCUGUUGGCGCCAUGUUCUUGUAAAAAAAAAAAAAGAAAGGAUAAUUAGACUUGUCGUGUAUGCGACUCUUUCAGUUGCAUACUUGCAUAGAUACCUACACAUUACAAGAAUAACUUAGCCACUCAUCAUUUCUCAUUUUUCACCACACCGUAAUAUUAAUAAACAGACAUGUAAACAUAUAAAAA